AUGUCAUCGCUAGAAAAAUGGGUAGAGAGGAACUUGUACUCAGCACUCGGGUACUCGGAGCGAGAUGUCGUCAGCAUGGUUAUUGGCAUGGCAAAGGAGUCUAAAACGCCAGAGAAAUGUUUUAAGAAAAUACAGAAACUAGAUAUUGGUCUUGACGACACUUUUACGGAUGAGCUUUUCAACAAAGUUAAGGGGAUUACCAAAACUGGCAAAAAGCGUCCUCAACAAGCACCGAAAGCGCCUUCUCCUAAAAGAGCAACAAGACCUGCUCAAUCUUCCAAAGCAGAGGAUGGAUCCGACUCAGACGAGUGGGAGCGUGAGGAACGGCAACGUAUGGCCGAUCAGAACGAAAAGAAAGAAUUUGAAAAGCGGUUAAAGGCUCGCGAUGAAGCGCGAACGAAGAAAAAAGUUCAAGAGCCAGACUAUAAUGAAGCAAAAAGAAUCAUGGCCGAGGAUGAGGCGUUGAAGAAGCUUCAGAUUGAGACUUUGCGUGAAAAGUCUCGUCGGGAGUAUUUAGAGAAGCGAGAAGGUGACCAGCUCAAGCUGUUGGAAGGUGACUUGAAGGACGAAGAAUAUCUUUUCGACGAUGAAGACCUGACGUCAAAGGAAAAAGCUGACUUCGCGCGGAGGAAAGAACUCCUUAGAAUCGCCAAGCAAUAUCGACAGCUGAAUGAAAACGACGAUGUUAUGCGCUACAAAAUGCCAGAGGAGAAGCGAGGUGCGAACGUAAAGCAGAACUACAAGGAAGUUGACGAGACCUAUCUGAACGGCGCAAAAAGCGAGCAUGAGAAGUGGGAAAAGGAUCAUUACAAGUCGACAAUGUUUGAUGUCGGCGCAAAGGACAAGAUGAAGAAGAAGAAAAAGGAUUAUGAUCUCGUCGUUGAUGAUGACAUGAUCGAUUUCGUCCAGGCGUUUACCAUUGCGGGCAAAGAUCUGAAGAGCAAGGAACCAGAGCUUUCGGCGAAGGAGCGAAAGAAGCAAUCCAUCAAAGAGUGUCGAGAAUCGUUGCCUAUUUUCUACUACAGAGAUGAUUUAAUUCAAGCCAUCAAAGAUCACCAGGAUAGAGAAACCGGCUCUGGUAAAACCACUCAAAUUCCCCAAUACUUAUACGAAAGUGGUUUCUGCGAAGACGGUAUGCGUGUCGGCUGUACUCAACCUCGUCGAGUUGCUGCGAUGAGUGUGGCCGCCCGUGUAGCUGAAGAAAUCGGCGUCAAGCUCGGACAAGAGGUUGGUUACUCGAUUCGUUUCGAAGAUUGUACUUCGGAUCGUACUGUGCUCAAGUACAUGACUGAUGGUAUGCUCCUUCGGGAGUUCCUCAACGAGCCGGAUUUGGCUAGCUACUCGGUUAUUAUCGUCGAUGAAGCUCACGAGAGGACCCUCCAUACGGACAUCCUUUUCGGCCUUGUCAAAGAUAUUGCUCGCUUCAGGCCUGAUCUGAAAGUAUUGAUCGCCUCAGCGACACUCGACGCAGAAAAAUUUUCAACAUUCUUCGAUGAUGCACCGAUCUUCCGAAUUCCUGGCCGAAGAUAUCCUGUUACAACUUAUUAUACGAAAGCCCCUGAAGCCGACUAUAUUGAAGCAACUGUUGUCUCGGUAAUGCAAAUUCACGUUACACAGCCGCUUGGAGACAUUCUUGUGUUUCUAACCGGUCAAGAAGAAAUCGAGAAAGUCUGUGAAGAGUUAUCUGAGCGCGUUCGCAAGCUUGGAACGAAAAUCAAGGAGCUCAUUGUUCUACCGAUUUAUGCAAACUUGCCGUCUGAUCAGCAAGCGCGUAUCUUCGAACCUACUCCUCCUAAAGCUCGAAAAGUGGUCGUCGCUACCAAUAUUGCUGAAACCUCGCUGACAAUUGAUGGCAUCACCUAUGUAAUUGAUCCCGGCUUUUCAAAGCAGAAAACGUUCAAUGCUAGAACGGGAAUGGAAUCACUGGUAGUUCAACCAGCGUCGCAAGCAUCUGCGAACCAGCGAGCCGGUCGUGCUGGACGUGUCGCCCCGGGCAAAUGCUUUAGAUUAUACACCGCCUAUGCGUACAAACACGAGCUGGAGGAAAAUACGAUCCCUGAAAUUCAGCGCACCAAUCUCUCAAAUGUCGUCUUGAUGCUCAAGUCGUUGGGUAUCAAUGAUCUCAUUAACUUCGAUUUCAUGGAUCCACCGCCGCACGAGUGUCUCGCUCUCGCUUUGGAGCAACUUUACGCUCUCGGCGCGUUGAAUCACAUGGGAGAGUUGACAAAGCUUGGGCGACGAAUGGCCGAGUUUCCAGCCGAUCCGAUGCUCUCCAAGUCACUCAUCGCUUCCGAGAAGUACAAAUGCUCAGAGGACGUUCUAACUAUCAUCUCCAUGCUCUCAGCUGGGGUGCGAUCUUCCACAGGCCCAAAGAUCGCCAAGUUCACGCCGACAAUGCACAUAAGAACUUUUGGGCUCCGUCGGUGGGUUGAGUCUGACUAUAGUGUGCAGUGGUGCUUCGAAAACUACGUUCAGCACAGGAUGAUGAAAAGAGCGCGAGACAUCAGAGAUCAGCUUGAAGGACUUAUGGACCGGGUUGAAAUCGAAAUGCACAAGUCCGAAGACGACAUUGCAAUCAGAAAGGCAAUUACUUCUGGAUUUUUCUACCACACGGCUAGACUCGGAAAAGGAGGAUACAAGACUGUGAAGCAUCAGCAACAAGUGCAUGUUCAUCCGAAUUCGUGUCUUUUCGAGGAAACGCCGAAGUGGGUGAUUUACCACGAACUCUGUUUCACUUCCAAAGAGUAUAUGCGCCAAUUGAUAGAGAUCGAGGGCAAGUGGCUGCUCGAAGUGGCACCCCAUUACUACAAAGAAAAAGAGAUCGAGGAUUCGUCAAUGAAGAAAAUGCCGAAGAAAGCUGGCAAGGCCGCCGGGUCGAGAUAA